CCCAGCUUCUAAAUAACAACGCGAAAAGUACACACUUUGUUGUCCCAGUUAUAGACGUGUGUCCACUGUUUUAUCGGCGUUAUCAUCACCGAAAUGGCACAGGGAAGCCCCCACAAAUGGUAUAUGCCCGGUUGGAGGAUAGAACAGAGAUAUAAGCAGGGGGUGUUGAUUGGCAACUGGUCGGAAGAGCGAUAUUCGUUUCUUAAAAGUGAUCACAGGAAUUCAUCAACUCACAGGGAGGACUUUAAGAAAUAUGAGAACUUUAAGCCUGAUGUGAUGGUUAGGCGGGCUGCAAUGAUGAAAAAUGAGGGAAUGGGAAAAGACCAUAUAUUCUCACACCAUGGCAACCGUUAUUCAAAUAACAUGAUUUCAUGGUACGACGAGCAUUACAAUAAACGCGAGAGAGAUGAAAACAACAAGCUGCCAGCGUUGAGGCAUUGGGAUGGAAAUCAGUUGGCAUGGGUACCAGAAAAAACAGAUUAUCCAAUACAGGGUGCUCCUACCAACUUUGGUCUCCAUGCUAGGAAAUCGUCAAAGUGGCAACAACAAGAUGGAGCUGUACAAAGCAGUGAAGGUGAAGGCGACGGUGACAUGUACAACACUACAUAUGGAUCAUGCUACACCCCCCACAAAGGUGGAUCAUAUGUGCAGAAGCACUAUGCUGCGCCGAGGACGAUUUCUGCCUCAUUACAUCCUUUAAACAAAAUUAAUAAGGACUUGCAUUUACGUGGAAUUCCGUCGACCGUACACAACCCAGAAUCCCUGUAUCUGCAGAACAUCCAUCCAAAGACCGUACAUAUAUCUUAAAAUAACAUUUACAGAUUCAUUUCUUUGCCUAUGUCAAGUUGCAAUAGUUACGACACUGUCGUAUACUAACAAUAGGAUAAUAAUUGUUGCCGUCCAGAGCAUUUUGAUACCACAGAUAAUUUGAUAAUGUGUGAUUGCAGAUUAUAGAUAUUAAAAAAAAUAUGUACCGUAGUAUGUAGAUAUUGAUACAUAUUGUAAAAUAGCUGAUUUAUAAUUACAAAAUAUUAUCAUGUAAUAUGUAAAUUAUGUGACUUGGUUAUUAAUAUAGAUUCAUUUAAUUUACGCU